AGGAAGGAGCAGAAGAAGCGGAGUGUGUGCAUCUGAGUGUGAGUGCGGAGGGAGCCUACCACGCAUGCGCGCCUGGCCACUCUCGAAGAAUCGAGUCACUGGAGCAGAGCGCGCCAGGAGCAGCAGCAGCAGCAGCAGCGAGGAAGAAGGUGUCGUCGUCGUCGUCGCCGCCGCCGUCCUCGCCGUGUCUCCGGGAGUCCCGCCCCGUCCAUCGCCAGCGUCUGGGAGUCCGGAGCCGCGUCGCUCAGCGCCGCCGUAGGAGCCAGACUGCGGCCCAGCCAGGAGCGGGGGAAGGGGGCUCUCGGCCCGGGAGAUGACUGAGCAACCGAAGGGACUCUAAGGCGGGAGGGGGGACCCGGCGAAGGCAGGCUGCUGCAAGAAGCGAAGACAUCGAGGGAAGGCGUUGGUGGAAGCGGCGGCGCUUCCCUUCCUUAGAGGCUGCUGCAAGAAGCGGAGGGAAAAGGGCUCGGACUCGGGAGGGAGGGAAGGGACUCGGAUAGGGAAGUGGGUGCGUCGGACCGAAGAAGGAGAGGCAGAAAUCGAUGGGACUGUAGAUCCUGGGGAACAGGGAAACGAGUGGAAAGAACGGGAUUCUUGAUUGCAAAAGUAACGGCAGGGAAUCCUUGAUGAUAUCAAGGCUAAUGCCGCUGAAGUGACACCUACUGCAGCUACUGCUACCAGCCCUGCAAGAGACCCACCGAGGAGCGGAGUGGAAGCAAGGCGCCGGUGCCUCCCUGCCUCGGGACUGAAGGAGGAGGAGGAGGAGGAAAGGUCCCUCGGAGGCGGCUGUGGCGGCCAUGUCCUCCGCGGCGGUGGCGGCGGUGGCAGCCGCCUCUCGCCGCCAGUCGUGCUACCUGUGCGACCUGCCCCGCAUGCCCUGGGCCAUGAUCUGGGACUUCACGGAGCCCGUGUGCCGCGGCUGCGUCAACUACGAGGGCGCCGACCGGGUGGAGUUCGUCAUCGACACCGCCAGGCAGCUCAAGCGGGCCCACAGCUUCCAGGAAGGCAGGCCCCCUCCGCCGCCGCCUCACGCCAAGCAGCAGCCCCCGCCGCCGCCGCCCCUCAGCGCCAAGGAGAUGCACUCCGCAGCCGUGGCUGCCGCUGCCGCUGCCGAAGCCGCCUCCCGAGCGCCGCCGCCUCACGAGCGCUACGCCUUGGCCGUGGCCUCCGAGAGGGCGCCCCCGCGCCUGGGCCCCGAAUAUGGCGGCGGCGGCGGGAGCAGUAGCGGCGGCAGCAGCCGCCAAGUGAACGGCAUCCUGGUCCCGAACGGCUUCUCGAAGCCCGAGGAGCCCCCGGAGCUGAACCGCCAGAGCCCCAACCCCCGGAGGACGCACGCCGUGGCCCCCACCCUGGUGCCCCUCAUGAACGGCGCCGCCGCCGCCGCCCUCGGCAUCAACAGCCGCGCAGCCCUGGCCGCCAUUUCGGGAGCCCCGGCGCAGCUGCAGGUCUCCGUCGCCCAGCAGCAGCAGCAGCAGCAGGCGGGAGAAGGGCCUCCUCACAAGCGGCCUGGCUCCGUCUCCUCCUCCUCGUCCUCGAGUGGCGGCGGAGGCGGAGCAGGCAGCGACCUGGAGGGGAAGGAGAAGGGGCCGCCUCAGCAGUCGCCUCAGGCUCGGGGCUCUGCCGCCGCGGACAACAUGGAGGCCGAGGGGAAGGGCCGCUCCUCGUCGUCGUCGGCCUCUGGCUCGGAGCAGGAGUGGCUGGGGAAGCCCAAGACGGUGCGGGACACGCUGCUGGCCCUGCAGCACAGCGGCCACGCCGUCCCCUACGAGGGCAAGUUCAAGAAGGAGCCCGGCUUGGCCGCGGGGAGGAUGCUGGGCUACGAGAGCAACGGCGCCAAAGCCGGAGCACGGGCUGCCAGGAAGAGAAAGCCUUCUCCGGAGCCAGAAGGUGAAGCUGGACCUCCUAAAAUCAAUGGAGAGGCACAGUCAUGGUUACCAACCUCAUCAGAAGGGAUGAAAAUACCAAUGGCAGCUGCCUCUUUCAUGUCCCCACCACCGCCAACCGCUUCGCCACAUUCCAACCGGACCACGCCACCUGAGGCAGUCCAGAAUGGCCAAUCCCCGAUGGCUGCACUCAUUUUAGUUGCAGACAAUGCCGGGGGCAACCAUGCCUCCAAAGAUGCCAACCAGGUUCACUCCACCACCAGAAGGAAUAGCAGUAGCCCACCCUCUCCAUCCCCUAUGAACCAAAGAAGGCUGCCCAGGGAGGUUCCAAGUCAAGGGGGAAAUGCUGGAGGGAUGGAGCCGGUGCAUCCUGCCAGCCUCCCAGACUCUUCUCUAGCAGCGAGUGUCCCUCUGUGUUGCACUCUGUGUCACGAGCGCCUGGAAGACACCCACUUUGUGCAGUGCCCUUCCGUCCCCUCCCAUAAGUUUUGCUUUCCUUGCUCCAGACAGAGCAUCAAACAGCAAGGCGCUAGUGGGGAGGUGUAUUGUCCCAGUGGGGAGAAGUGUCCCUUGGUGGGUUCCAAUGUCCCUUGGGCCUUCAUGCAGGGGGAGAUUGCAACCAUUCUUGCAGGAGAUGUAAAGGUGAAAAAAGAGAGGGACUCAUGACUUUUCCAGUUUCUCAGUGCAACAUCACCUUUAACAUAAAACUGUUUAAAUUGUAUAUAUAUCUAUAAAUACCUAUAAAUACCUAUAUCUAUAUAUCUAUCUAUAUAUAUAUAUAAUAUAUAUAUAUAUAUGAUAUAUAUAUCUAUAUAUAUAUGAUAUAUAUGAUAUAUAUGAUAUAUAUAUAUAUAUAUCUCCAAGACAAGGGAAAUGUAGACUUCAUAAAACAUGGCUGUAUAAUUUUGAUUUCUUUUUUGAAUACAUUGUGUUUCUAUAUUUUUGAAGACAAAAAGGUAUGUACUUACGAAACCUUUUUUUUCCCCUUUGUUUUUCUUUUUUUGGUUAUAGCAAUUAUUUGUUGUGCUUCCUUGGUGACAGUUACUGUUCAGUGUAGGCUGUGACUUGGCGCUGCUUCUUUUAGAGAGCACUUGGCAAACCAGAAAUGCUUUUAGCUGUAAUUGUAUGCACUUCGUUCCCCCCCCUCCUCAUUUUUUUAAAAAAUGCCAAAUACAUCUAAUGAAAUUGUAAAGAUCGCCUUAUUGUCUGUGGCUCCUUAUUUUUUGCCCAUAUUCAUUCGUGCUGGAGACUUAACAGGUUUUAGAGACAACAUAGAACACCACUCAUUUCAUUCCAAAGACAAGUGAGAGAGUACAAGGGAUUUCACUUGGAAACAUAGUUUCCUUGUUGAUGCUGCAAAAAUUAGAGCAGACUGAUUCUAGAAGGAUGUUGCCUUCAGAGUAUUAUGCUAAAUGAGGCACUGUUGUGUUAGGGAUUGAGAAGUUAGGGUGCCUCUCCCCCAUUAAAGGCAGUUCAUGGUGGUUGGUUGUAAGACUGCAAAACUGCAUUUAUUCAUCAAUUACAUGAUGCUUCUGCAGAAUUUUUGUAAUGAGUUUUAAUUUUUGUCUUAACUGUGCAUUGGUGCAGACAGAAUAGCACUGCUAUAUUUUUAACAGAUCCAUGCCUUUUCAGCCCACUGAAAAGGCAUGGUCAUUUCCCUCAUAUUCAUGUGGAAAAGUCUGACAUAGGUAUUUAAAAAAAUUAAUACAGUGCAGGCAGACUUUGAUUUUAGUUAUCACUUAAAGUAGGGUACUGUUGCUAUUGUUACUGUUUCUGACAUCAUGUUCCCAGGUAGAGGCAGGAAACAGUGUGGUAAUGACAGCAGCAUGUGCAGCUUUGCCUGGCUUGCCUGUGUUGGCAGCAGAAAGAUUAAUGGAAAUUUCAGCCUGAAAUUUCAUAAUACAUGUGUUGGACAGGAAACAACACAAUUCUCAUUUAAAUGAGCAACCUGGGAUUUUACGUUAACUUCAGUUUGGUGUAGCCUUGCCUUUUUUGGUUACUUUCAAGAAUUCUUUUGUAAAAUACUGUUUUGAUCUCACAUCAGAAAGCACACAUUUUAAUCAAUAAAUCAUCAGUUACUAGAAAUAGUCAAGCCUUGCUGUAGUGCUUCUGUGCUGUUUACAGUUGUGUUAGCAACACUGCUGUGCAAUCCCUUGUGUUAAAUGUUCAUAUGGUCACAAGUAAUUCUUUGAAUCAAAAUGAUGGUUAUAUGGUCCCCAUUUCUGUGGCAAAACACUAUACAUUUUGAUGUUGAGAGAAUGUUCAGCUGAGUUUAAUUAAUGCUGUUGGGUCAGACUGUUUUUAUGUAUUAAUGUUCAGACUGCUAUUUAAUGCAGAAUAGAUUUUGGUAGACUUUUUUUUAAUGGUCAUUACAUUUGAAAAUCCAAACUGCACAUGCACAGUAAUUUUAAUUUUUAAAGUGUUUUAAUGAAUACACCCACUAGCAUUGUGUUCCAUAUUACAGGUCAGUGUAAUAUUAAAUAACAAGAUUUGCAUGAUAAACCAAUUCAGUACUCUUUAAAAUGAUAGAAAUACAUAUAGUACAGACUGGUGUCUUAUGUAAACACAUGUUUAGACAGUUUGAAAGAGAGAGAAAAACGCACAUAUAUACAACUGUAAAGGAUUCUUUGGAACCACUAUAGUCUGUGGAAAUAUGUAUUUAGGCACUUUAUUAAAAAUUGGAUUUGAAUUGAUAGAUGGUAAUAAGUUCUUAAGAAUCUCUUUGACAUAAUACCUCAUGUAUUAUACCAGUUUGUAUGGAGAAUUUGCAUUCUAGGUAAAACAAUAUCCCUGCUAAAAUUUUCCUGGAAGGUUGGUUGGUGUCUUGGCAUGCAGUGAUUUGAGCUUUUUAACAAGGUGGAAUGAUUUAAAAAUUCUUUCCUGCUAAUGCUAUUCAGGCAUGCCAAAGUAUUGAGAGGCGUUUGAUCUGGAUCUCCAACGAAAAUACUUUUAUUUACACUUAUAUCCUAAAUAAGUGUCUUCGUAUAUUAUAGCUCAGUAAUAUCACUGUAUGUUCUUUAAAGUAGCUUAAAUAGUGGGAAAGGUUAGGCUUUGUCAUACCACGUGAUGACAGCUGGAACAUAUUCAAAGCUCUGUAUCUGUUCAGCAAAUUCCUGAACCUGUUAAAGUUACCUACACAAAUUACGCAUUCAUAAUGCAGAAAUGUCACAAACUAGGACACGAUUUUUGCAUUUCUCUCCAUUUCUAUUGGGUUUAAUGUAACUUUUUUUCUUGUUUCUUGAUAACUUUAUGACAUCACCUCAAUGGAUCACUAUAUAUUUACCAUAUGUUUCCUUGGCUACAACUACUUUUUAAGUGCUUUAGCUACAACAGUACUACCAUUAAUCUCUGAUAAUAAUGCAGACCUUGACUCCACUGCACCUAAUGUGAACUUAGUUGUUCAUUUCAAUGGAGUCAGGUUUGCACCUUUACUUUUUUGAAGUUUUUAAUGGUGAUAAUUUGUAUAGCAAUAAAGCAAAAUAUUGUUUUAAUGGAGUGUGAUUGCUGAAAUCUCACCUUCAUUAUAUUUCUAAUUUACUUUUAUUGAAAUAUCACCUGCACUAUGCUUUCAUUGUUUAUAGUUGCUAAACUAACACAUUACUAUUUUUACCUAUUAUUUUUUAUCUUUUGCAUUAAAUAAAGUGAAAUUAGGAGCUUUAAACACUU